UAUUAGUGAAGAGGCACACAAUUAGCUUACAGCUCGUUUCUGCAUUGUGCUGAGAGGAUCUAAGGGAUUGGUGGGGGAACAGGCAAGCCAGGCAUCACUGUGGAUGUUGAAGAAGGGAGUUACUCAGACCUCGGCAUCUUCACUUGCUUUCUCUAGAAUUACAGCUAUUUAUUGCGAAGUAUUCUGUAGCGGGGUGGAGUGCGCCUGAGGAAACACAUCCCAGACACCACCUGGGGUUAGUUUUUCUGAGCCCUUCACAUCUCUAAUUCUCAUCAUUGUCAUGGAGCCCAACAGUCCCAAAAAGAUACAAUUUGCUGUGCCUUUAUUCCAGAGUCAGAUUGCUCCUGAAGCAGCUGAACAGAUCAGGAAAAGAAGACCUACACCAGCAUCACUUGUGAUUCUCAAUGAACAUAACCCCCCAGAAAUAGAUGACAAGAGAGUGACCAACACACAAGCAGAAUCACAGAAUGCAUCCCCUAAGCAAAGGAAGCAGAGCGUGUACACACCACCCGCCAUGAAAGGGGUUAAGCAUACGAAAGGCCAGAAUGAAUCAGCAUUCCCCGAAGAAGAAGAAGGCGUGAACGAGAGAGAAGAGCAGUGGGACCAUUAAUAACGGGUCUGCAGCAAGAAGUCUUCUUGGGAAUAACUGAACUAUUAACUUUUCUGAAUAUCCCAUGGAACGCCACUGCUUGACUUCUAUCUCUGCUCUCCACACUCACAAAGUAGUAAUACACCUCCUGGGAAGCGCCCCUUGAUGGAACUUUAGAACUACCUACAGAUCGUUCCACAUUACUUACAAUUAAAAAAUAAGUAUUUAUUUUACAACAGUGAUUUUCUUUCUAACAACAUAGAUAUUUGCAAACAUGUGAGUGUUCUAACUUUAAUACCGCCCAGCUUAAUCCCUGAUGUCCUACUGAUAAGAUUUGCCUUCUAAUGUCAAAUGUAAAUAGCAUCACUUUAAAAGUAAAAAAUAAAUAGUAAAUACAUUUAGACAUGAGUGUGUGUCUGGGUUUAACUUACAGAGGAAUGUUUAAUGAAACUUUUA